AUGGAGGUUGUCGCGGCCGUCCUCCCCACGCUGGUGCCCUCAGGAAACGCGGUGGUGGUACUCCUCGCCGACCUCGGGUAUCUCGCCGCCGCGGAGCAGUGCUCCAUCGGCUGUUGCGCCAUCGGGAGGCUACUUUCAGUGCAGUAUGGCCGAAUUUUGGAUAUUGACUUGAAAAUACCUCCAAGACCUCCUGGAUAUGCAUUCGUUGAGUUUGAGGAUCCACAUGAUGCUGAUGAUGCAAUUUAUGGCCGUGAUGGGUAUAACUUUGAUGGCUACAGGUUGCGGAUAUGUAUAUCAUGCUUUCAUUUAAUGGUUGAAUUAGCUCAUGGUGACAGAGGCCAGUCUUAUUCUUAUGAUCGUUCAAGCAGCUAUAGCAGUGCAUGCCGUGGAGGUGUUUCUAGGCGCUCUAAUUUCCGUGUUAUGGUCACUGGUUUACCCUCAUCGGCAUCAUGGCAAGAUCUGAAGGACCACAUGCGGCGCGCUGGUGAUGUAUGUUUCUCUGAUGUAUACCGUGAGGCUGGAGGCAUGCAAAGUAGCCUUCUUGCUCUUGCUUUAGUAGAUGACGAAAAAGUAGAAGUUGUUCGAGCUGCGAGCUGGAAGGACGUCGAGGGGUCGCUGUUUGUUGUCAGGAGGAACUCUGAGUCCCGCUUUCAGUUCAUUGUCAUGAACACGCACAACACUGGUACAUCGGCGAUCACUGCUUGGAUCGAUCACCCGCGGCGCCUAGACACGCAUAUUGUCAAACUGCUAUUAUUCUAG